AUGGGAGAUUGCGCAAGUCGAAUAUCAAAAAGUGAGCUAGAGCAGCACAUGAAAGAUUAUAACGCAAAAAAUGAUCAAAGUUUUAUAAGUAUUCCUUAUGAAAGGACUAUCGACCAAACUAUCGCAGAAGAUACCAAUAAAAGAGGAUUAGAAGAAAAACUGAAACUAUACCAAAGAAAAAUACUGGAAUUUCAAACCAAAAUAGACUCAGUUACUGCAGGGCAGCCACAAAUCCCUGAAUUAAAUAUAGAAAUCCAAAAAGGUGUUAGUCUCUACACAAAAGGUCUUUGCUUUACUCGAGGACAGCCAUAUGUUACUGUUCAAUUAGAGCCUAAAGGUCCUACAUGUGAAACUAAUGCAUCUGAUGUUUACAAGCCAUACUGGUACCGACUAUUUGAGCUAAAACAGAGCCUAGACAACUUCACAAGUCUUUCAUUCCGUGUAUGAUCCAGAGAAAACUCGUCAGAAACCCAUCUUUUUGGAGGUUUCGAAAUAAAUUUAAAUGAUUUAUCAGACCAAAGAGUAAAAGAAGGGUGGUUUAAGCUAGAUAUUGACGAUCCUUCUAAACAAGUUGACCCUGCAUUAAGGAUCAGAGUCCAAUUAAUCCAAGACGAAAGGGCUCUUUACGCAAGUUUAAUUCAAAGCUGCAUUCAAAAAAUUCAAGCAUUAACAUAUGCUAUUAACAAAUUAGAAUAA